AUGCCCUUAUACAAGGGUGUAGAGCCGUUUAAGCGUGCUCCAUCGAUCAGACAUCGAAAAAGUUCAAAGGUCUAUUUCUGCGAAGAAACCGGUGAAGCUUUUGAGAGCUAUGAGUAAGUUCAUAUUUGAAUAAACCAAUUGCUUCUUCCUUUAGGAAACUUUUUGAUCGAAUGCUCACAUUGAACACAUCGCUUUGGACGUGUGCGGUUACGCUAAAGUCUGGGUUGACGUUUGAAGAAGCGAUGAAGUCAGAGAAGGUGGGAAGUUUUAGGUAGUUCUAGUAUUUUCCUUCAGAGUGCCCAUCAAGGAUUCCCAAUUUAUGGACAGAAACCAUUAUAUUUCUUCGUCAAAAAGUAUUUUCGUGAAGAUUCGAUUGAAAAUGUGGUCAGCGAGCUUACUGACUGGAUGAGGAACCGUUUCUUCAAAGGAGAAUGGGUCCGAACUUACAAUGGAGACAAAUUCACAAUGGCAAAGGUUGUCGAUGUGGAAUAUUGCCGAAAGUGAGUGGAUUAACAAUGUUCACACUUGGUUUUUUAGUUCGAAAGACCUAAAGAGUAUCGAGAAUUACACCUACAGUGUCGAAACUUUCGAUGAAGUAGAUGGAGAGAAUGUAAUCUACGAGUGUGGACAUGAAAACUUGGAAAGAUUGGAGAGUUACAGUACGGAAGAGUUUUUGUUGACCGAAUUUAAUUCGAAUCUAAUCAAGGAGGGAAACCAUUACAUCGUUUCGGUAAGAAAUUACAUUGUAAAUUGGUUUUUAUUCCAUAUUGUUUUUGCGAAUAUGGUUUUAGGAAAGCAAAGAUAUGGAGUUGUCCCUCGCUGGCUAUUCCUUUGCAGACUUUUUUGUCGGCCCUGAACCUAAUAGUAAGGAAGAAGAAAGUAGCAAAGCGGGACACUCGUCGGACACCAAGCCGUCUUUAAGCGCCUAUGCAAUCAAGGAAAGAGUAAGUUAGGUCUUGUGUUCAAUCAUAGUUUAGAAUGCCAAGAUAAUGAGAAGGAAGAUGUUGAUGGAGAGGGCAAACAAGGGAACCGAUGCUGUUGAAGAUACCAGUUUGGAUUUGUCCGAAGUAGGUUGACUUUAUAUAGCUUUACUUUUAAUUUAGAAACUCCCCGAUUUCACAUCACUCUCUCUUCCCAACUUUGUUCCAACAUCUGAUUUUGGACACAUGCUGUCCAUUUACGCAUUCCUCAGAGCAUUUGGCAAAGAAUUGGAUAUCAACGGAGCCUUUUCUUUUCGGACUCUGAUCAAAUCCAUUUACUCUGAUGACUCUUAUGAAUUCGAGAGGUUUGUUUUCAUAUUUCUCCAAGCCAGAAAUGCUUGCGUGGCCACUGAAGACUUUGAUGAAGCCGACGUUGAUGAUCCCAGUGAUAUCCCGGAUGAGUAUCGAAAUGAAUUGGCUGGAAAGAAUGGGGCUGAGAUCAAGAAGAGGUGCAAAUUGUUGGAGAGCAUCAGACUGAGAUACGGAAGUUCUCUUCAAUCCAUCCCGCUAAAUCAGCAAAGUCUUUCUGAAGUCCUGAAUUUGACUUUGAGAACGGCCGGAUAUUGCCCAAGAAGUGUGGCCAUGGGUGUAAGGAAGGAGAAGAGAGGUGUCAUCAGUUGUGCCAGUGAUGAAUUGUUUCUCUAUUCGUUGGAGAACCCUCAGGUCUUGGAGAAACUUAGCGAGGUACCAUAUUUGUGAUGAGGUUUUUAAGUUUGAAUGGGAAGGCCUUUAAUUUACUUUGUUUUAGUCCCACAUUGCUGCUCUUUCUGCCACUGAGCGCAUCUAUCUCCUCAGGGCAUUCGUUCAAACUCUCCUUUCUUAUGGCAAAUUCAGAACUGUCCAUGAAAAUUCGUACGCACAGUUGGAAAACAUUCUGGAGCAGAUGAGGAAGCUCUCUAUUAUUGAGCUCCAAUACAAAGGGGAAUAUGAGGACACAGAGAAGUUGUUGUCGAUGUUCGAGGGAUUCAAGUUUAAGAGAAAUGGCCAUUCAAAGAAGAUCGAAGGGUACCUUCAAGAAUUUCGAGAGAAACCGAGCGUUUACAAGUGCUUGAAGAUUGCCCAGAUGAAGUUCCGUUUCGAUUACUUUGUUCAAGAAGACCGCGAAUUGUUGUAUGACAUCCACAAAAAAGCCAUUGUCAUUAAGACCAAAGAAUUGAUUCAGAAUGCUCAGAGGUUGUUCAGUAAGUUUGGAAGUUCUGUGUUGUCCAGUUUUGUGGCUGCCUAAAUUAUAAUUUUCUUUCAGAGGAAAUGGGCGGGGUCUUGUUGGGAAAUGAUCGGCACCAAAGGAAUUACUUCUACGUGUUUGAUCUGUCCGUGGUUUUCAUCGAGACCAGCGAAGAUUGGAAGAUCCUCAGUUCUCAAAACGAUAUCUACAAGCUUAUGACUACUCUCCAACCAUACGGAAGAAGAGAAGGACGACUUCUGUCCGCCCUAAAACUUUGUAUUGAACGAGUUGGACGAACCACUGAAGCCUUCGGCUUCACCGAAUCCAGUCUUUUCCAAUUUCCAACUCCUGGAAUCAAGGAGUAUAAAAUGGAUCUCUUCGCGUCUGAUAAUGCCAUCAGAACUAGUCUGUUGCAGCUGGGAGAAAAGGUAGGCGAAACCACGACGGUGUUUGAUAUCGUUUUAGUUGUACGAGAAAGCGUUUAUUAACCAACCGCUUCUCUCCAAAUUCCCUGAAUGGAAGGGAUGUUUAUCGUCUACCCAAGAUACCACGAACGUGUUUGGCGAAAGUGACGUUGUAAUUGAAUACAAUGAUGAAGUUGUUUUACCCAUCGAUCAGAUGUCCGGUCUCACCAGGAUUCAGAAGUUGGCCAUUGGUCUUUUCCAACUUGUCAAUAAUAUUCAACUGGAGUGUCUGAAGGUCCCAUUUAUUGAUAACUCUGAUGGCGGUAAGUAGACGUUUACGAGUUUGGCAAUUGGAAAAAACAGAAAAAUACUUUUUUUCUGUAUGUAAGCGGUUAAGGCAUAUCAUUUUUUUGUGGAAACAUUUCUCUGAACUGUAAAAAAUGUCAUCAUUCGUGCAAAGGUUCGCCAAACAGUGUUACAAAAUGGGUUUUGUAAAAUUUUUUUGUAAGUUUCAUCAAAAUCUUGUUUUAGCCACUUAUGCAGGAAAAAAGUUUUUCAGUUUCCCCAAUUGACGACGUUCCGUUUUAUUUGCACAUGGUUAUGUAAUAUUUUAUUGUAGAAGUGAAGCCGACCAUUACUCUGGUCGAAUUUAUGAGGUCUCUGUUGACCAUUACCUCCGACAGCCAGUUCUUUGUUCAUCUGUCUGUGUUUGAGAGCAUGAUCAGAUGGGCUCAUCGCAGUCCUCAUCAAGCAAAAUGCACUGUGUGUAAUGUCAGAGGACCCUUAUUUAUUAUGGUCAAGUGUGUGUAUUGUAAUGAUAAGGCUCACAAGGAUUGCCUGGAUGAGACGGAAAGGGAGGAAUGGACUUGUUAUUCUUGUGUAAAGAGAGCUGCCUCUCUUUCGAACAGAGUCAGGAAGACGCAGGAGAAGAUCCCGAAGACCGACGAAAGCAUCAAUGACAAGGAAAAUGGCUUUCUUGACAGUCCUCAAUCUACUGUAAGUUUAGUCAAACGGGCCCGAAUCCUUUCGUUUUAGAGUUCUCGCCCAGCUUCUACCAGAAAACGUGUAGCACCAAGAAGUGAUGAUUAUGUAUACAAUCAGGUGAACGGGUCCAUAAAGAAAGAAGACAGUGAAAGUCAGGAAUCAGGCCGGUCCAAGAGAUCUCGAAGAAAUAUCACCACUACUCCAAAACUGGAGGAUUCUGGACUGACUUUCAGGAACACAAAAAAUGUGAGAGAGAUGUUUGAGAAGAUGGUCAAGGUCAUCUCCACUGCCAGAAACCAGGAAUUUGGAUUUGCUUUUGCGGAUCCGGUCGGGAAACAGGUAAGCAAUAUAGAUAUGACUAGUAUAGCUUUCAGUUACCUGGUUAUUCUGACGUCAUCUCCCACCCAAUGGACAUGCAUACCAUGUUGAACAAGAUCAAUUGGCAUGAGUACGAUCAUCCGAGCGAGAUCUGGCAGGAUUUCCAUGUCAUGUUCUCCAAUUGCGAGCAAUACCAUGAAGAUGGCUCCUAUUCAGAGGAAGCCAAGGAACUCGAAGCCUUCGUCCGACCUCAGUUCGAGCAGAUUCUCGAUGAGAAGCUUGAACCGUAUCCCUUCAGAUCAUAA